GCUGAAGGUCCCUCUCUCUCAGACGUGACUCCAGGUCUAUAUUUAACCCGCAGGUCCCCUCCCACCCACUUUCACACAUACUCGACAUAUUGAGGCGGCUGAGAGACGACUAGCAGGAUGGAGAAGGAGGCUCCGCCGCGCCGCUCUGUGGCUGAACUCGCAGGAAAGUUCAAAGGCCCAGCUCCUCAGCCAAACAGCCCUGCUGGGAACCAAGAGGAUAAACCAGUGAGGAGACGACCGCCUCGAACCCUGCCGCUCCCAAACACAGACGAGGCGCAGCCUCCUUCAGGCGUCACGUCUCCUUCCAAAGUCAAGAGGAACUCUGCUCUGAUCGAGAAGCUCCAGGCCAACCUGACUCUGGGCUCCCCCACUGCGGUGCCUCUGAAGAGCCCAUGUAGAAAGCUACCUCCCGGCUUCACCCUGCCCUCGCCCGGCUCUGCCCCUCCGCUUUCUAUAGUGACGCCCACAAGCCCCGCCCCCAUCUCUCCGUCAACAGAAAUUCCCACCUCCUUUGAAGCCCCUCCCUCUGCUGGAGAAGGAAACAUCCUGCCAAGCAUCAACAAGGGCAGAGCCAGACUCUCCAUCCGGCGCCGUCCUCCAUCCCGUCGUCACCGCAAGUCCAGCAGUGGAGACGAUAUGGGUGUUGGACAGGAUGCAGCAGAAACACACCUGAGCUCCAGAGACGAGGGGGAGGAGAAGACCGCUGCCGAAGAGGGGGGCGAGGAGGACGAGGGUGGAGAGGUGUUUAAGAAGGAAGGUCCAACAGAACCUUCGGCACCACAGGAGCCAAAAGAAGCUCAAGAGAUGAAGAGCAACACAGAUGUGAAGGAGGGAGAGGAGGAGAAGAAGGAGGAGGAGAGAGGUCAAUCUUCAUCACUGCAGGGGGAGGAAGAGGAGGAGAAGAAGGAGGAGGAGAGAGGUCCAUCUUCAUCACAGCAGGGGGAGGAAGAGGAGGAGAAGAAGGAGGAGGAG